AUGCGGUUCACCUGUUGUUGUGGUGGCGCCCAGUGCAUAUUCUGCAUGAAAAAGAACCGUUCUACCUUCUCCCCCCCUUCACGAUUUUGGGAGGGGUUGCCUUCCAACUUCCCUUUCUCUUUCCUACAUCUGGCUGGCGACGUGGAACUGAAUCCGGGGCCCGAUUCUCUGACUAUCCUACAACUGAAUAUCAAUGGAGUACGAAGCAAGGUCCUGGAGCUACGCUCCCUUCUAUCCCGAUUAAAAGUGGACAUUGCCCUCAUCCAGGAGUCUAAACUCUCCGCGUCAUCCCCAACACCUCGGUUCCCUGGCUACAGUGUACUGCGAAAGGACCGGACGAGAUGUCUUGGUGGAGGACUAUUGACAAUUGUCAAGGAUGGGCUUGUGUUCACCGACGUUACAACAUUCAUUUCCUCCCUGUGCCAAGACGAUCCUAUCCUUGAACAAAUCUCCAUAGAAGUUCCUCUCUCACCCUCAAGACAUUUUACAUUAUGCAAUGUAUAUGUCCCACCGCAAAGCUCGACGACCUCUUUUAUCUCAAAAUACACACCCAACUUAUUGAAACUCGGCGGACUGAAGGACUUGCUGCUAUGCGGCGACCUAAAUGCCAAGCAUCCGCUCUGGCUCCGGUCUCAACCGGCCGACAUUCGUGGCGAAUAUAUCCUUUCCCCAGACACACCCAACAAAUUAAUAUGCAGUGCCCUUCCCUACGUCAACAACAUUCCCCACCUCGGCAACAUCGUGGGGUGUGUCCUCAGUGCUGAUAUGUACGCAAGGUAGACCAAAAUCCACAUCAGAUAUUGCCGCAUGAGUGACUACCCCACUCUCUUUAUUUGUGGCACAGACGAGUACGGAACAGCCACCGAGACCAAGGCUCGUCAGGAAGGACUCUCCCCCUCCCAAAUAUGUGAAAAAUACCACAAACUCCACUCAGAAGUGUACGACUGGAUUGACAUCAGUUUUGACAUUUUCGGAAGGACAACCACUCCCUUGCAAACAGAGUACAGUGCUUUUAUCCAUUUUAGAAUUACUCAACAAAUAUUCUCACAACUCAAUCAGAAUGGCUAUAUUUCCUCCCAGUGGGUCGAUCAACUGUACUGCACAACAUGCAACAUGUUCCUUGCUGAUCGAUAUGUCGAGGGACAGUGUCCGAACUGUCAAUAUAAUGACGCUCGAGGGGACCAAUGUGAUUCAUGUGGCCGACUAAUCAAGGCCACUGAACUGAUAUCCCCCAAAUGCAAGAAUUGUAGUGCCAGUCCAAUAAUCCGCAGUUCUAAUCACUUAUUUCUAGAUUUGUCCUCAGUUUGUCAUUUUUCUAAUUUUUAGUUACAACCACAACUAGAAGAGUGGAUGGCCACCUCCAAAGGGCUGUGGAGUGCCAACGCAGUCGCCAUCUCGGCCGCCUGGAUAAAGGAAGGACUCAAAAGUCGUUGUAUAAGCCGAGACCUCACAUGGGGGACUCCCAUCCCCUUAGAAGGCUUCACAGACAAAGUUUUUUACGUUUGGUUUGACGCCCCAAUCGGCUACAUUUCGAUCACAGCCAAUUACUGUCCUGAUUGGCAAUUGUGGUGGAAGAAUCCAGCACAUGUCCAACUGACCAAUUUCAUGGCUAAAGAUAACGUGCCUUUCCACUCGGUGGUCUUCCCUUCCUCCCUUCUGGGCACAGGAGAGGACUACACGCUCGUGUCUCGCAUUAGUGCCACUGAAUAUUUAAACUACGAGACCACCAAGUUUUCCAAGUCACGGGGAAUCGGAGUUUUUGGCUUGGAUAUAAAAAAUUCGGGGAUUCCUUCCGAUUAUUGGAGAUUCUACCUCCUCAUCAAUCGCCCCGAAGGACAUGUUUUACCACUUUUGUAA